UAUUUAGUGAGUGAAGUUAAGUCGGGCGUGUUAGACUUACUGCUGGGAAACUAUUCGAAAACAUGAAUAUAAAAUUCAGUAUUUUUAUACUCCUUUGGGGUUGUUGUGGUUAUCUAACAAAUGCCGCCAAUAUUUUGGGUCUAAUGCCACUUGUCUCCCCCAGUCAUCAUCUAUGGAAUAGUAUUGUAAUGCACAAACUUGGUGAACUUGGCCACAAUGUUACAAUUCUUUCGGUUGACAUUCCCAAACCCGGUGAAAAAAUUCCACCAAAUGUCCACUAUAUCCAUUUGGAGAAAGGAUAUUCAAUCUACGAAGCGGGUGAUGUCAAACUGAAUAUCAACGAAUUCAUACACGUUGGACCAAUCGCAGGAGUUCAAUUGUUUAACGAUGCAACUGUAACAAUGGCUGAUGUUGUAUUAAAAUCCAAAGGCUUUCAACAACUCCUCGACUAUCCGGAUGAUUUUAAAUUCGAUUUGGUUAUCAACGACUUUACAAUGGGAUCAAUUUUACUUGGAUUCUUGCAUAAGUUCAACUAUCCACCGCUAGUUGGAAUAAGUCCAUUCCCAAAUCCACCGACAACCAUCGAUUUUAUGUCAAAUCAUUAUUUCCCCGCUUAUGUUCCUUACUAUUCAACAAUGUUUAGUUCAAAUAUGAACUUUUGGCAACGUCUUGAGAAUACUCUUGUAACAAUUUAUGAUACUGCUUAUCGCCGUUUAAUUCUUACCCCCAAACUUGAUGCCAUGGCUAGGCCCUAUUUUAAGGACAUGCCAUACCUCGAUGAGCUUUCGCGACGAACAACUGUAGCCCUUGUCAAUUCACAUCCUGCUAUUAACUUUAUGGAUGUUCUUCCUCCAAGUGUUAUUGAAGUUGGUGGAUUGCAAAUACGUGACCCGAAGCCAUUGUCAAAGGAUUUAGAAGACUUUAUCAAUAAAUCGAAGAAAGGAGCAAUUUUAUUUUCAUUUGGAACCAACAUGAAGGGUGAAGAUUUUAGCUAUGAACAAAUUAGUACAAUGUUGAAUGCCAUGGCUCAGCUGCCUGAAUAUAACUUUUUGUGGAAAUUUGAUGUUAAUUAUUUGAAGAAACAUAAAAUACCUAAAAAUGUUAUUGUGAGACCAUUCUAUGCACAAGGUGAUGUUCUAGCUCAUCCUAAAGUCAGGGCAUUUGUAACUCAUUGUGGAGGACUUAGUUCUCAUGAAGCUGUUUGGUAUGGAGUUCCCAUGAUUGGUGUGCCACUUUUUGUCGAUCAACAUAGAAAUUUGCAACAAUCUUUGAUGGCAGGAAUAGCUGUGGAAAUAAGUUAUCCAACCAUGUCAACCAAAGACAUAGUUGAAGGCAUUAAAAAAGUUACAGAAGAUCCAAAAAUACGAGCUAAUUCUGUUACCAAGUCAAAACAAUAUCGUGAUAGACCUAUGAAAGCUUUAGACACUGCAAUUUGGUGGAUCGAAUAUGUUCUAAGAAAUCCAAAUCCAAGUCAUUUGAGCUCACCAGCGAUAAAGAUGAAUAUAUUCCAAGCAAAUGCAUUAGAUUGCUUGUUGUUUAUUAUGUUUGUUGUGGUUUUGGCAUUCUAUUUGGUAAUGAAAAUACUUUUAUUUGCCUGGAAAUUAAUCAAUGCUACGAACUCACAAAAAAAAAUUAAGAAGAACUGAUUUUUAUAUUUAAAUUUAGUAAUGUGUCGAAAAUGUAAAAAUACUUAUAAAUAGUUAAAUUAACGAAAUAAACUUUUAU